CGUCCUCACGCACGACUCAGCGGCGGCAGCAGCGGAAGGUGUCGUGUGCGGAGGACCGGGAGCCUGACCCCAGGGCUGCUCUGGAAGCAUGUGAACAACUUUUUGCCAAGAACCCAGGUCACCACUAAUAGGGGACCUUGAGGGAAAAGAAUAUCAGGAGGACGCCAAUGCCAGGCGCAUCUGGAAUUACACUCACUGCAAGCAGCAUGCUGCACUCUGUGCCAGCUCCUGUGUCCUGGCGAAGGCUGGGGCUCUCUAGGUGGUAGGGUCCUGGGGCAACGGCACCAGGAGUCUCUCAGGGAAGAAUGGGGCCAGAUACGAACUCUCUAUAGUGAGUAUGGUUUUCAGUUUAUGAAGAAAAUUCAAGGAAAAGGUUAUUUAAUUUGCACAUAAUCACAUUCUGAAGCCUUCCAUGAUUGCCAGCAGUCAGCCUCUCUACAGGAACUAUCAGCAUUUUUCUGGCACCAAGGUGAACUUUUCUUGGUACUUCUGGCAAUACAAAUCUGCUGGGAAAACUUACCUGCUGAAUGCUCCGAGUCAGAAAAAGGAGUAAAACCUGUGGAAGCAGCAUCAGGAAAGCUGAACAAAGACUCUCCUCUCUUUCCUCCCACUUGCACAGAGACUCAACCUGGGCUCAGAUGCUGUUAACUGAAGACUUCUGCUGUGUUCAUCAUAAAGUCCGUCUGUUCUGGGGAGACUGGUGUUUUGGGGCUGCCUCUUGAGGCCCUUUUCUCUCGUCAUUCUACCCUGAUGUCUUCUGUGCAGGCUGUUGAAUGACGUGAACUUUAGGAUGGAGUUUGGUACCCUUGGGGGACUGACUUCCUUUCCUAAGCAGAUGCUUUUGGAAAGGGCCACCUAAAGGCUGUGUUUGUGUGAAGAAGGGUGCUGCCUGACUGGGAUCCUCCACCAUGUUCCUGCUGCUGCCUUUUGAUAGCCUGAUUGUCAACCUUCUGGGCAUCUCCCUGACCGUCCUCUUCACUCUCUUGCUAGUUUUUAUUAUAGUCCCUGCUAUUUUUGGAGUCUCUUUUGGUAUUCGAAAGGUCUACAUGAAAACAUUGUUAAAAAUCUUUGCGUGGGCUACCUUGAGAAUGGAAAGAGGAGCGAAGGAGAAGAACCACCAGCUUUACAAGCCUUACACCAAUGGAAUCAUUGCAAAAGAUCCCACUUCAUUAGAAGAAGAGAUCAAAGAAAUCCGUCGAAGUGGUAGCAGUAAGGCUCUGGAUAAUACUCCAGAGUUUGAGCUCUCUGACAUUUUCUACUUUUGCCGGAAAGGAAUGGAGACCAUUAUGGAUGAUGAGGUGACAAAGAGAUUCUCAGCAGAGGAACUAGAAUCUUGGAACCUGCUCAGCAGAACAAAUUACAACUUCCAGUAUAUCAGCCUUCGGCUAACUGUCUUGUGGGGGUUAGGAGUGCUGAUUCGGUACUGUUUCCUUCUCCCUCUCAGGAUAGCUCUGGCAUUCACAGGAAUUAGCCUUCUGGUGGUGGGCACAACCUUGGUGGGAUACUUGCCAAAUGGGAGGUUUAAGGAGUUCUUGAGUAAACACGUUCACCUAAUGUGUUACCGGAUUUGCGUGCGAGCCCUGACCGCCAUCAUUACCUACCACGACAGGAAGAACAGACCAAGAAAUGGUGGCAUCUGUGUGGCUAACCAUACAUCUCCUAUUGAUGUUAUCAUUUUAGCCAGUGACGGCUACUAUGCCAUGGUGGGUCAAGUGCAUGGAGGACUUAUGGGUGUGAUUCAGAGAGCCAUGGUGAAAGCCUGCCCCCACGUCUGGUUCGAGCGGUCCGAAGUGAAAGACCGCCACCUGGUGGCUAAGAGACUGACUGAACACGUGCAAGAUAAAAGCAAGCUGCCUAUUCUCAUCUUUCCAGAAGGUACCUGCAUCAAUAACACAUCAGUGAUGAUGUUUAAAAAGGGAAGUUUUGAAAUUGGAGCCACAGUUUAUCCAGUUGCUAUCAAGUAUGACCCUCAGUUCGGUGAUGCCUUCUGGAACAGUAGCAAGUAUGGGAUGGUGACAUACCUGCUGAGGAUGAUGACCAGCUGGGCCAUUGUCUGCAGUGUCUGGUACCUGCCGCCCAUGACCAGAGAGAAAGAUGAAGAUGCGGUCCAGUUUGCCAAUAGGGUGAAGUCUGCCAUUGCCAGGCAGGGAGGGCUGGUGGACCUGCUGUGGGAUGGUGGACUGAAGAGGGAAAAAGUGAAGGACACAUUUAAAGAGGAGCAGCAGAAGCUGUACAGCAAGAUGAUCGUAGGGAACCACGAGGACCGGAGCCGUUCCUGAAGCCGAGGGCAUGCUGGCCGGAACCACCUGCCUGAAUCCCGGCAUGUGAGCCAGCUGGAGCUCUUGCCGCUGCUACCACCACCGCCCCUGCUGCCACAUCCAUCCAGACUCAGGCCGGGCUGCUCUGGACACCAGGAACCAAGCCUCAGAGUUGCACGGACCCCUGCACUCAGGCCAGCAUGGCCUGCCCUUGCCAUCUGCAGCGAGUACUGCUGGGUGUUGCUGCCCAGGACGAGAUGCCUUCUUGUUCCUUUUACAAUAUGUCCUUUGGAGCAAUGCCAUGAAAGUCUGCUCUCCACUCAAGCGUGUCCUGUGGAGCUGAGCAGUGUGACGAUAACCAUACUCUCUGUUAGGAUGCCCCAGCCCUGGGCCUGUUGUAGGGGAGGCUACCCCUCUCUGGGAGAGGCACUGCCCAGGGUCUGGCCCAGCCUUGGAGCUCUGUAGACCUGAUGAAGAGAGGACUGUUGUAUGCAGGGCAUUUGGCAAAAGAAGUUUGAGUAUCUUGUGCUAUUCUUUGUUAAGUCAGAAGACAGAAUAGGAGAGGCCAGCAGACUACAAGGUGGUCUGUGGUGAGAGCCAAGUAUUGCUUGUUCAAACUCCAGGCUGAGCCUGAAUUCCCUGUGUGAUGUGCUCUUUGUUUAAUCGUGCCUCAGUUUCCCCAUCUGUAACAUGACUCUAGCAGGGAGGGGUAGUAAGUCCUACCUCACAGGGUUGUUGUGAGGACUCAGAUGCUGCAUGUGUGAAGGACACAUGUGCAGUGUCAGGAGUCCAGGUUCGUGGACUGCGGGAUGAGGUUGGAGCUCAGCUGCUACACAGGGCUUGGACUUGUGGCUCUGAGUAAAUAAAACAUGGCCUCGCCCCAUGCAAGUGUUUCUCCUACUUGGGUUCCACAGUAAGCCUCCUGACACUCAGGAGGCAGGCUUCUCCCAGCAGAUGUUGGCAUGUCUGGUGUAGCCAGGGGUGUCUGCAGACUGGAGGUUAGGGAGGGCCCCAAGUCUCUGAGGUGGGGUGGAAGAGGAAUGGGGCAGCAGGAGUUCCAUGGAGGUCUGGGUGAGGGACGGCUGAGAACCAGAGAGCCUGAGUACUGGCAUACCAGGUUUCCCCAAGGCUGGAAGGUGAACUGCAGCCUCACAGGCCACCUCAGUCACAAUGAAGGCAGAACCAAAGUCAGGCCGCUCUUAGGGGUCUGUGCUGUGGGGCUCUCCAAUUUCUGAUCCUCAGAGGGUUUCCUCAUCUCUGUCCCCAUCCCCUCUUCUUGUAGCAGGCUCAAUACCUUUCAGGACUCCAUACCUUCCUCGGCUGGGGUGAGGAAUGGGAUUGAGGCCCAGCUCUGAGGCUACAAAGCCACAUCACCCUCAUGCUCGAGGACCUGCCCUGUGUGAGCCUGGUGUCACUCACCCGCACUGCCUCCCACCACCUCUUCACACAGCCACCUGUGUUGUCCUCCUGCCCUUGUGCUAGCCAGUGGAAAACUUCUCUUGCAAUAAAAACUUAUGACUGUAAGAACAGUCUCUUCUGAACUGGUUUGUGGGAUAUUAAUAAAAAGCAGCUUUCCACUACACAGG